AUGGAGAAGAGUUCCAUUCUAGUGGAUAUCCCAGCAGCAGUGACUCCGAUAUCCGCAUCAAACCGAUUGGCGGUUUUGGAAAUGAUUGAAGAAGAAGACGAACUUGUUGUGGUUGAUGAAGACGAACAUGUUGAAAAUGUUUUCAUUGAGGAAUUGCCCCCUCCACAACCCAGAAUACAACAACAAUUAAUCCUGCCAGAGAUAGGCAGUGGGGUUUACUCGCCGAUUGAUCGAUCUCAGGACGAUGGAGAUGUUGGUAGGACCUCGGGUGCUACUGAAUUAGAAGCUAGUGCGUGUGGUAGCUCGUCAGACGGGUAUACUGAUGAUGCUCUGGUUUCGGUUCUAUUCAUUCUAGAGCCUAUGUUUCCUAGUUAUCAGAUUGAUAGUGUUCGGAGCAAUUUGGGUUUUGAAAUAGCUUUCUCUUUGGCAACAAUUAAAAUCUGGGUAUUUUGUAAAAAUGGCUUGUCAUUACGAUUGUUGGAAAGUAGUGAUCAAGUUCUCCACUUUGAGGCUAUGCAUGGUGCGGUUCCACUGAAGUUUUUACUCUCCGUGGUAUAUGCAAAAUCCUCUAGGAAUAGAAGAUGGCUUCUAUGGCAGAAUAUGGUGGACUUUAGAUUGAUGUAUUCAGCUGCUCCUUGGAUGAUUGGAGGUGACUUUAACGUUAUACGAACUUUGGAUGAGUAUUCUGGGAAUUCGGUUCAAGACCCGGUGGCUAUGAUUGAAUUUAAUGAGUGCAUUCUUGAAUGUGAUCUUCUUGAAUUGCCGGCUGUAGGAGAG